AAUUUGAUAAGUAAAAUGUUUAUUGCACAAACUCUGACACCCGAUGGAUUAUGGGUAAUGAAAAUAAGUAUUGAAUUUUACGUGUUUGGAUACUCGGUAUACGAUAUACGAGCUGGUAUUUGUAUAGUAUCAGAGUCGAAAGUUUAUUUGCGAAGAAAGAUGGUGGUUUCAUCAUCAACAGUAUCAUCAACAACCGAAAACGAGACUUCGGCGCCGCGCAAACCGGCGCUUUCGCACGAGGGUAGAGGAAUUUCGCCGGGAAACUACCGGCUUGUUGGAUGGGAUUUGGACACGACUGGAAAAAAAUUAAUUGAUGAGAUUUGUCAGUUUGCUGGGUACACUACCAGCUCUUCAUUCACUCAGUAUGUAAUGCCUUACAAGAACAUUUCACCACCGGCACGUAAAAGACACAAUUUAAAAAUUGUUAAUGUUGGCAAAUACCGAAUUUUAAAGAAUCUUAACACACACAAGGCACUGAAAACAAAAAGUGAAAUUUCAGCAUUGACAGAUUUUUUGGAAUGGUUAGAAAAAAUCCAAGGAGACGCUAAAGAUGGUGUUAUUCUAGUCCACCACGAGCCACGUAAAUUUAUUCCCUCACUUGUUUUGUCUUCAUUGAUAAAGUUCAAGCUGCUUGAACGAUUCAAGAAGACUGUCAAAGGAUUUCUCAACGGGUAUGACGUUGCCAGUUGUAAAUGUGCCAGUACAUUGCAGUCUUUUUCGCUGAGAACCUUGUCUCAAAAGCUGCUGAAUCAGGAAGACAACCAACUGGAUAAUGCAGCAAAUCGUGCUCGACUUUCAUUACAAAUAAUUCAGCAUUUAAGUAACGGGGAAGAAAACACGCCGACUAGCGAUGGCAAAGGAGACAGUGAUGCUGCUUCAAAAGCAACCGUUGAAUUUAUACGUGAAUUCGUGACAUCAGUUGAGACUGAGGAAAACGAGUAUGAAGUACUAAAGCAAGUAUUGGAGCGUCAAUUCACUUUGAAGCCGAUUUUCAAACCUCUAAUGACAGCAAGUCGUCGUGAACGGCAACACGUGACUCCACUUCGUCGAUUACUUGCUGAAGCCGAGAUUGAUUAUGAACAAUUAAAGAAAGUAUGGGAAAGUGAUAAAAUGAACUCAGUGGAGGAACUGAUCAAAAAGAAACUCGCAAAAGCAACAGACAAAGAAAAAUUGGACCUUUUGGUGAUCCUGGAGGGUCACUUUGAUCCAGAAAAAGAGCCAAAAAUCAAAGUUGAAGUACCGGAGGUUAAAAAGAAGAGAAAUUCGUCGAAAAAGCCACGUAACAAGGAUAACGAAAAUGAAAACGAAAAGGACAAGGAUAUUAAUAAGAGUGUCUCGGAGACAGAGAGUCCAGACACAACGACGAUGCUCACCCCGGAAAAAAUAAAGACUGAGUCCUCAUCCGAUGCUACCGAAAAUGAAGAAGCUACUUCUCCAAAGAAAAACUAAUUAAUACAAGUUUCGCUAAUUACUUGUAUUAAUAUAGAUGUGCCUUACUAGCAGUUAAGAGAUAGUACUAUCAUUUAUUUUUACAUCAGCUCGCGAAAUACUCCGAGAUAAGUUUAAAAGAACAGAAUAAUGCUCAUGAUAAAUAUUAAUUUAGUUGAUACUCAAGCAACGAGUUAUUUAGUUUUCGCACAAAGACUUUAUCUAUUAUUUAAAAAGUUAUUUUUUGCUUAACAUUAUUCAAAGUUUAUUUUUUUUUUGUUACCACUUCGUACUAAUUAUGAUAAAUAAUUAAAAACCAAUUAACUUAUUGGUUAAUUGUAAGUUUAGUGAUCAAAAAAGUAUUGAUACGUAUUAAAAAGUACUUAAUUUGUUUUUCACGCAUUUAUUUAAUGAUUAAAUAAAUAAGAAUACGGGUAUGACGAUUCAAAUUAAAUAGAUAAUGAUAAGGAUUGUAAUGGGAAGAGAUAUUAUUUUGAUUAAUAGGUGUUAUUAUUAAAUACUAAUACCUGGCGAUGAUAAAUAUCUAGCUAUGUGUUGGAUCUCAUUGUAUUAACGAAUUUAUUAAUAUAAUAAAUCAUUGAUUGAAAA